UUGUGCGUCACUUCCGUCCAGGCCGGAACUCAAGAUGGCUGCGCUCCUGUUGAGACAUGUUGGCCGCCAUUGCCUCCGCGCCCACCUUAGUCCUCAGCUCUGCAUCAGAAAUGCUGUUCCUUUGGGAACCACAGCCAAAGAAGAGAUGGAGAGGUUCUGGAAUAAGAACGCCGGGCUGAACCGCCCUCUGUCUCCUCAUAUCACUAUCUACAGUUGGUCACUUCCCAUGGCGAUGUCCAUUUGCCACCGUGGUACCGGUAUGGCCUUGAGUGCAGGGGUCUCGCUUUUUGGCUUGUCGGCCCUCUUGCUCCCUGGGGACUUUGAGUCUCAUCUGGAACUCGUCAAGUCCCUGAGUCUGGGGCCAUCACUGAUCUACACGGCCAAGUUCGCUCUCGUCUUCCCCCUCAUGUAUCACACCUGGAAUGGGAUCCGACAUUUGAUGUGGGACCUCGGGAAAGGCCUGAAGACCCCCCAGCUGUACCAGUCCGGCGUGGCCGUCUUGGUCCUUACUGUGCUGUCCUCUGUCGGGCUGGCGGCCAUGUGAAGAGCUGAAGCUCCCAGCCUUGUCUUCCCAUAAAUGAUUCGCUGACCUGUCUUCCUGUUUGUGACUCUCUUCUCCAGCCAAAGCGAAGUUCUCCUGAUUUAUUUAGACCCUUUGUGCGUGCACGUCCCCUUGGAGCUCGGUAGCAGUAGGAUACCUUAUAGAGCCACGGCCGCGGGAGAGGGUCUGGUUUCCCCCUUGUUUCUAAAGAUGCAAUGAGUCAAAAAUUCCCUUUUCCUGCCCCCAGCCUGCAGCCUACUCCGGGCCUAGGAGCCCUCAUUCUCUGUCCAUAUUGGGCCUUGAUUUGUGCUGACGGUCAGCUUUUGGCUCCUUCUUCCUGAGACAGUGGAAACAAUGCCAGCUCUGUGGCCUCCACCACGGGGACCGGGAGCAGGGCUGUGGGUGCCGCCGCCUCUGGGUUGCUGGCUUAAAGGACAGUUCUGUUCACUGGUCAGAGCCCAGGGUCUUCAGCGCCCACACAGCAUGACUGAGAGCAGAGAGGCGGGGGUGGCGGGAAUUAGCCUGUCCCAGCUGGAGGGAGAUAAAGUGAGUCAGUUGACUCUUGAAGCAGGUGCUUUGGGGAGAAGAUAUAUAGCUCUUGAUGCAAAAGGAAGACCCAGAAAGUUAUCAUUGAACCUAUGAAGGGUUACCCCCCACCCCCACCGCAUUUCUGGAGAAAUGAGCCUCUUUUCUAAUCCAAGUUCAAGAGACAUCCUAUUCUGAGACUGAAUUAAAGUAAUCAUAUUGUC